AUGAAGGUGGCAUUGCUGGUUCUGAUUGUUGUGUGCGUGUGUGGAGAUGACAUAGUCACUGCCUCUUUAACAACCGCUGGCGACAGGCCAGUGACAUCUCCAGCGAUUCCGGUAACAGUUACCUCUCUUCCCAGCACCACGCCCACAGAAGAUGAGAGUGUGAGACUUGUGGAUUGGCUGAUGAAGUAUGGGUAUCUCCCACCCCCUGAUGCCUCCACUGGUCAGCUACAGACCUGGACAGCUGUCACUCAGGCUGUGAAGGCCAUGCAGAAAUUUGCUGGUUUGGAGGAAACAGGAGUGGUUGAUAAGGAGACGGCAAAGUUGAUGCAGACGCCACGCUGUUCUCUACCAGACUCAGACACACAGGCCAAUCAGCAUUCAACUCAGAACAGUGAUGGGGGUACUCACAGGAUAAAAAGAGCAGCAUCCACUUGGGCACGCAGAAACAUUAACUGGAGGCUGCGAUCUUAUCCCAUCUCCUCAGCUCUGUCUCGCGAGAUGGUUCGCACGUUGCUGUACUAUUCUCUGAGAGUGUGGGCAGAGCCAACACAGCUAGAAUUCCAUGAGGUUGGAGGUCCAGAAGGAGCAGAUCUACAGGUGGAUUUCCUCCACGGUCCACAUGGUGAUGGUUACCCAUUUGAUGGCGUGGGUGGAGCGGUUGGUCAUGCCUUCUUCCCCUCUGAUCAAGACAGAGCAGGUGAAGUUCAUCUGGAUGCAGAUGAAUACUGGGCAUUCAGACAACCAGCAUCAGAAGGCACAGAUUUGUUUACAGUGCUGGUACAUGAGCUUGGUCACGCCCUUGGCUUGUCCCACUCGUCGGCACGACGGUCAGUGAUGCGACCGUAUUACCACGGUCCCUUAGGAGACCCACUCCACUUCAGCUUAGGCCCACAGGACCUGGAGCACAUAACUGCUCUCUAUGGUCAGCAUACUGUGGAUCGCUGCAACACAAGUUUUGACACGGUGGCUAAGAUACGGGGGGAAACGUUUUUCUUUAAAGGUUUAAGUAUGUGGAGGGUUAGCAGAGGCGGCCUGGUUUCAGGACGGGCCGUUUCUGUGAGAAGACUGUGGACAGGGCUUCCGCCCUCUUUACGCUCCCUCCGUGCGGUUCUGGAGAGACAUUCUGACCAUGCAAUCAUCUUCAUUAGUGGAUCACAGUUCUGGUUAUUCAAGGAUCUAUCUCUCCAAGAGGGCUUUCCCCAACCUUUGUCUGAGCUGGUUCCAGGGGGGCUGGACGGGAGUUUGCAGGGUCUACUCUGGGACCCUGAUGAGGGGGCAACUUGGGGGCAGAUUACAGAGAGAGAAGAGGGUACAGGUGGAGGAGAAGAGGAAGAGAGUGAGAUCUGGAGGGAACUAAUCGAAGGAGGAGUGAAUGGAAUCAUCCCAGAAAAUGAUGGCUCUGUCUACCUCUUCAAAGGCCAUUCCUACUGGAAAUUUCCAUACCCGGGCUCUACCCCUGAGGAGGGAUAUCCCCGCCCUUUGGGCACAGACUGGCUGGACUGCCCACAGCCUUCCCCUUAUGAUCUGAGUGACAUAUCCCUAACAGUUCUCAAUGGCAAACAGGAGCUUCGAGAGAGUCAAGGCCAGAGAACUGUUGAUCAGAUUAGGCAAGAAGACAAAAUCACAGAUAGAGACAUACAGGAGCACUGGGACUGUCCCUGCCUAAACAAAGCAGCCAAGAGUAACAUGCUGCCUUUACUACUGGUGCCCACACUACUACUGAGUAACUGA